CACAGCCUAAAACAAAGGUACAAGAAAGAAAGGAAAAAAAUAGUAGCAACUAUCAUUAAGUGCAAGAACGGCCUACAGAUAUCAUGGGUUGCUCUUAUCUCAGUGCAUUACUAUUUCUCACAGCAAUAAUAACGGUCGUUGGAAUGGCGCCUGCGGCUGUGGGCUACACGAGCUGCGGCGGCGUCGCCCCGAGAAACGACAGCUACCCGUCUAAUGUGGAGAUGGUACUGUCGCUGUUGGCGACAGCUACGCCGACCAGCUCGGAAAUGCUUUACAGGACAUGGUAUCCAGAUUACAAACCCGGUUACCCCGCGGGAACGGCGUCGUGUUACAAGUACAACGCGGAAGCCUGCAAAACCUGUCUCCGGAAUGCUCACUUGGAGCUGAAACAGCGUUGCACGGCGGCUCAUACGACUGGAGCCUUCUUUGGAGCCAACUGCAACAUGGAGUACUGGCCAAUUCAUGAUAGUAACUGAUUUGUUGACAAACGAGGACGGCCCAACUCAUGAUUGUAAUUAUGAGUUGGGUUUGUUUUUUAGUUUAGUUUCUCCAUCUUCCAAGUCCUUUUAAUAAAACUUCUCCUCGUAGAAGGGAUUGUGUAAGAUCACCUAAUAAUUGGUAUCUAUCUAGUUUGAAGCACCAGGAACUUGUGAUUUUAUGUCAAGAAUUGCGGUUUAAUACCAAUUGUUGAGAUAGAUUAGGAAUAAUGUUAUAUUUUCUUA